AUUUUCCUGCUGGCCCUGUAUAUGUGAAUGUCUACUGUGGAGGAGUCGUUAAGACCACAGCACAGAUCGAGUACUAUACAGCACUAGAGGAGAUUGAGCACAUUUUUAAGAAAGUGGCUGACCCAAUAGCUUUCACUUGCCAGGCUUUUAGAUUUUCUUCUGUGGAGAAGCUGGACAAUGUUCUGACUUUGUUAUUGAAAAGCAGAAUAUCUACUUAUGAGUUCAGCCCAUUCCAAAGUGAAGAGCACCAUCGUCAACCUGAUAGCCAUUUGGAAGAAUUUCCUACUCUCCCUCACUGUGCAGCCAGAUUUGGAUUAAAGAACCUUGCAACAUUUCUACUCAAUUCUCCUGAGGCCACAAAGGCUUGCAAAAUAACCAAUAAAUAUGGAGAGGAUCCAGCAACUAUCGCUGAGAAGCACGGGCACAGGGAACUAAGAAAAUUAAUCAGGGAAUUGUCAAUUAAUACAGUGGACAAUUUCACCAGUUGCAAGGUGGAAGCAGAAGAUGAUGACACCUACGUGGUUAUGCUGGGCUCAGAAACUCAAGCAGCCAUGACAUUAAAAGCCACACAGAACCCAGGAAUCCAAUAUGGAAUUGGAUCAAGAUGCCAACAAGAAGUUGAGGUGGCUGAGGAAGAGAAAGAUGAUGUAGAAGACAGCAGAGAGGAGACAGAACAUGAAGAUCAAGAAGAGGAAGAUUCAUACAGCUUUCACAACAGUCCUGACAAUUUGUAUGCCAGCAUACCUGAUGAUCUUGAAGAGAACAGAAGAGACUGCUUUUUACAGAAGAGGCCACCCCCUCCUCCCCCUCGAAACCUGCCUGGCAUCCUAAGACAGCGUGAUGUAUCACAAGAGAGGAAUUUUGUGGAGGGCAGAAGUGAAAGAGGACAUGGUGAUGGACUUAUAACAGCAUGUUACAGAGAAGAUACAUGCAAGGAAGACAGCAGGGGGGAAGACCCGUACACUUUUGUGACACUGGAUGAAUCUGUGUAUGAUUUCGUACUGGCUGAGGAGGAGGAGAAAAGGAAGGAACAUAAGUCUUUUACCAUGAACAGGCCACCAGCCCCUACCCCUCGUCCAGUAUAUUCACCAGUCAGAGAGGAGGAUACUCCCUAUAUAAUGCAAGUGUUUCAGCAAAAGGCCACUCGGGUGCCCAGUGACAGCAACAGAACGUACUGCUAUGCCAGGAAGCCCGCACACAAAGGUCACACUGACAAAGUAACUGAUAGAACUGUGAAGCACAACAUCCCUACCAAACAGGAAGAACUCAUCCGCUUGCAGGAACAGGUGAAAAAGGGGACAAUUUCUGUGGAUGAAGCCCUUGACAGAUUUAAACAGUGGCAGAAGGAAAAACAGAGACUACAGUCCUCUCAACAGUCUCCAACUAGGAACUCAACAGACAAGGAGCAGAUGCCUAAUCAACAGAGGUAA